GCCCAACAAGCGACGUGAAACUAGCACAGAAACGAAACUCUUCCUCUGAAAACUACCUCAUGAAGUGGUGAGCCAGAAGUCUGGGUAGGCGGCGUCGUAAGAGGCGUAAAUAAACAAGAAAAAACAAAACAUGUUUGGUAAAAAGAAGAAAGCACCGGUGCCGAAAGGCCAGGGAGCUGCAGCUGCCAAGCUGAUGUUUGUUGACAUGGACCCCGAGGUGAUGAUGAUGGGAGUAGGGGAAAACGAGCAGGACCUGGAGGCAGAGCUCGUUGCUAUCACAGGAAGUAAAGCUGCAGGAAGUGGGAAAGGCAAACCAAAAGGGAAAAACCCACUGCCUAUGGAGGACAUUGCAAAAAUGGCUGACGAGUGUAUGAGAGAUGUGGAUGAAGACGAGGAUGAUGGCAGCGUUGAAGAUGAUGAAGACCUGCUGGCAGAGCUCCAGGAAGUGGUGGGUGAGGAGGAAGCUGAGGAUGUGGAAACCUUUUCCUCCACAUUGUCUGCUUCUGCUGAUUCUUCUCUAGCUGAAACCCUCGAGUCUCCAGCAGCCCAGCAACAGGAAGUAAAAGUCUCCACAGCAGCACCCGGCAGCCUCCAGAACACCCUGGAGGAGCGAGUCUUCAUGUACAAAACGGCUCUGCAAAAGGCCAAAAGUGCAGGGGAGACGUCCAAAGCUAGGAGAUACGAUCGAGGUCUGAAGACUCUGGAGUCAAUGUUAGCUGCUUUAAAAAAAGGGAAACCGGUGAGCGAGUCGGAGAUUCCUCCGCCCGUUUCUGUCGGAGCCCCGAGUUCAACCCCCCAGCCUCUGGCUCCUGUACGACCUGCUCCCCCAGUGCCCACAGUCUCCGAUUCCACUCCACUAGAGGGGUCAGAGGUCACGACCUUGUCACCUGCGGUGUCUAAUGCCGUCACACCCACAAGUGAAGAGGAGCAGUCUUCCUCUGCCACCCUCCCGUCUCCUGAGGAGCCAUCAGACGAGAAGGAGGCGACCAGAGCGAUGCUUUUAGAGAGGCAGAAAGAAUACAAGCUGGCAGCGCUGAAAGCCAAGAAACAAGGAGAAAUGGAGCAGGCCAUGCUUUACUUCCUGACCAGCAAGAAGUUGGAUGCCGUGAUUAAUGCAUUGGAGAAAGGACAAGCAGUGGAUCUCAGUGAAGUUCCUCCUCUUCCAGGUGCAGGAGGAAGCUCUGCUCCCUCUGGACCAAGCUUACAGGUCACCCAACCGGUUGCUGAAGCUCCUGCUCCUGCGGCCCCAUCGGUCCCUUCGGCCCCCAAAGAUGUCCUGGAGGCUCUGGAGCAGCGGCGAGUCAAAUACACGGAGGCAUCAAAUCAGGCCAAAGCCAGCGGGGAUGACCGUAAGGCCCGGAUGCACGACCGCAUCGCUAAGCAAUAUCAGAGCGCCAUCCGUGCUCACAAAGCAGGAAAAGCUGUCAACUUUGAUGAGCUUCCUGUUCCUCCAGGCUUCCCUCCGAUCCCGGGUGUGAAGGCGUCGGGACCUGAGCAGGGAUUUAUCGCCGCUCUUGAAGCAGCCAAUAAGCUUGCUUCCCCUGAAGUAGGAGAGGAAGAUGAUGAUGAAGACAAGGAGGAAGAGCCAAAGCUUGCUGUUCCAGAAAAGCCAAAGAAGCCCGCAUUGGACGUCUCUGCAGAAGGAAAACCAUCUUCUUCAGCUUCACCCGACAGAACAGCUGAGCAGGAGGGACUCUCACCAACAGCUGCUCAGCAGCUGGAGCUCCUGGAGAGCAGGAAGAAGCAGUACAUGAAGGCAGCUCUGCAGGCGAAGCAAAAGAAGGAAAUGGAACAAGCAAAGGUUUUCCUCCGCACAGCCAAAGGUUUGGACCCCAUGAUCGAAGCGGCGCGCAACGGCAAACCCGUGGACAUCGGCACGUUGCCGUCGCCCCCUGGUGACGAAGAGGACGACUUCAUCCUGGUUCAUCACUGUGACGUUCAGCUUUCAGAGAAAGCUGAGCAGGUUUACACGCAGCUGGCUAACAUCCUGACAAAGCAGCGCGAGAAAUGUUUGACUCACUCCGAGCAGUUCACACACCUCGGGAACGUCGCUGAAACCACUAAGUUUGAGAAAAUGGCAGAAAGCUGUAAGAAGAGUCUGGAGGUCCUGAUGUUGGCUCAGUCCAGGGGUCUGCUGCCUCCAAAGCAUCACUUUGAGGAGAGAUCGUUUCACACUGUCAGAAUUUUCCCAGAGCUGAGCAGCACUGAUCUGGUCAUCAUCAUUGUUAAAGGGAUGAAUCUUCCUGCUCCCAGCGGGAUCCAACCAAACGAUCUGGAUGCUUACAUCAAGUUUGAGUUCCCCUACCCCAGCGCAGAGCAGUCGCAGAAACACAAAACAAGUGUCAUCAAAAACACUAAUUCACCAGAAUAUAACCAGAACUUCACGCUGUCAAUCAACCGAAACCACCGCGGCUUCCGGCGAGUCGUGGCGUCUAAAGGCCUCAAACUGGAGCUGCUGCACAAAGGGGGUUUCCUACGAAGCGACAAGCCAAUCGGGACGGCGCUCGUAAAGCUGGACAAGCUGGAGUCACAGAGUGAAAUCAGGGAGAUCGUAGAAGUGAUGGACGGCCGUAAGCACACAGGUGGUCGUGUUGAGGUCAAGGUGAGACUACGGGAGCCUCUGUGUGGUCAGGACAUGCAGAAGAGCACCGAGCGCUGGUUGGUCAUCGACUCUUCAUAGGGUCUGGCUUAAAAGUUUCAAAAUAAAAGGAAUACCAAAACAAAGAUGAAAAGCACUCAAACACUUGGAAGGAGGUUUGGGAUCUGCUGAGGACGAGGCCUUUGCCAAUCGUAACUUUUUUGCACAUUAGCGCAGCACGGAAGCUUGUUCCUGCAGGCGUUUGGUUCUGUGACAGGACAGCGACUGCUGCCGCGGGAGCGUGACAAUUCUUUAAGCGGGUUUGAGAGCCUGAAAGAUCCUAAAAUCGGGAGAGAAACUCUGGUACAGCAUCAUCAGCCCUCUUGCGGAUGGCGAUAUCAAGCUACUCUAAUCAUGCUGCCUGAUGUAACUUUAGUUCAUGUAAAAAAAGUGCAUUUAUCUAAAACUGCACCUAUGCACUAAUACCAAAGUAAUCAAAGUUGCUGUAAAAUCCUGCAUAUUUGAAAUCGCCUUCAGUUGCCAAACGCGUUACAAUGUCAGAGGAAGUUGUAUUUAUAUGUAGGAGACGCAUCAGAGGCUGCUGGGAGGUUUCAUCAUCUCCACUAGUGACCCGGACCUUAAUAAACACACCUUCAGUUGUUUUACGGGAAAAGUCUGAAGCACCUUUCAUUUCCUCUGGAGCACCAAAAGUCUAAUAUAUGCAGAUAAAUGAGGAUAGAUGCUAUCGACUCAACUUUAUUUUAGUAAAACUGGAAACGGGUCAGAGUUGGUGGAGAAACCGUGAGACUCCAGAAGGAGUUUACUACAGAAACAGUUUAAAGGUUCGAGUUUGUUUACCUCAACGCUCCUGAGUCUGGUCACAACAUUUCAGUACAAAAUAUAUAAAAACACUUAUGUGUUUUCUAUAUGAAUGUUUACUAAAUAAAUUUCUGAAAUCCUCCAAGAAUGUUUAACAGAAUCAAACUGAUUUUUAAAUGUGAAAUUGAAUAAAUUUAUCAUUAAAUACUUUUAAAUUUACUAUUUUGGUUUCACUUUUUGGAAUAAAGAAAAAAAAUGA